CUUCUCUAUAAAUACUAAAACCAGACGUGGAAAACUCAACCUCAAUGCCGAUAAUGGCCUCUGCUUCGACCCUAAGAUCAUUUCAAAGACUCUUCACUUUCUCUCUAUUCUUUCUCUGUGCAGCCAUUGCUUUGCUAGCUUUGUCUUUCAACACAAAUUCCUCCCUUUAUUACACUACACUACUCCAAGCUCAGGCUAACCAUGGCGGAAGCUGGUUCCAUCUUCUUUCCAAAAUGGUUGAUACCCAGAAACUCAAGAUUGGUUUGGUUAACGUAGAUGAUGAUGAAAUAAAGAGUGUUUAUUAUGAUAUGUAUGAUCAUGGAUCAUUAGCAGAGACUGUUUCAGUGGAUUUUGAGCCUGUUUCCAAGGACAAAAAAUGGGAGGAUUUUUUCCCUGAGUGGAUAGAUGAAGACCAUAAGUGGGGUUCGCCACGGUGCCCGGAGAUUCCCAUGCCGAGACUGGAAGAUUAUCUCGGCUUGGAUGUCAUCGUGGCUAGGGUUCCUUGUGGUGGUGAGGGGAAGAAUAUGAAGGGGAUUAGGGAUGUUUGGAGGUUGCAAGUGAAUUUGGUGGUGGCUAAUCUUGCGGUGGCGAAUGGGUGGCCGGUGCAAAACCAAGCUUCAGAAGACAUGGAUCGGACGGUGUACGUUGUGUUCAUGGGGUCUUGUGGACCCAUGCAAGAGAUUUUUAGAUGUGAUGAUCUAUUAACUCAUGUAGGUGAUUAUUGGAUUUAUAAGCCUCAGCUGAGGAAGCUGAAGCGCAAGGUACUAAUGCCUGCUGGGUCUUGCCAGAUUGCUCCACCAUUUGCAGAGACUGGUCAGGAAAUUUGGAGACAGACAUUACCGUCACCUACGAGCAGGCUCAACGCCACAUUCCAAAGGGCUGCCUAUGUAACAAUCCUCCAUUCCUCAGAAGCUUAUGUAUGUGGUGCAAUAGCUUUGGCUCAAAGCAUAAUUCAAACCAAAUCAACCAAAGACCUUGUCCUCCUCCACGACUCCUCCAUAACUCCGAAGUCUCUCCGAGGUUUAAGAGCUUCUGGUUGGAAAACCAAGUUGAUAGAACCCAUCAGAAAUCCCUCUGCUAAAAAGGGUUCAUACAAUGAGUGGAACUACAGCAAGCUUAGAGUCUGGCAAUUAUCAGAUUACGACAAAGUUAUUUUCAUAGAUUCAGACAUUAUAGUUCUUAAAAACUUGGACAGUUUCUUUCUCUACCCUCAAAUCUCAGCUUCUGCAAAUGACAAGAUGUUAUUUAACUCUGGAAUCAUGGUGAUAGAGCCAUCGAAGUGCAGACUCAAAGAUCUCAUGUCCAAGACUUCGAAGCUAGCUUCUUACAAUGGUGGUGAUCAAGGGUUUCUCAAUGAAGCUUUUACUUGGUGGCAUAGGUUGCCUGCAAAGCUAAAUCAUCUCAAGGUCUUUGUAAGAAAAGGAAACCCAAAUCAUGAGAUCCCAGACGAUGUUUAUGCUGUUCAUUUUUUGGGGUGGAAGCCAUGGAUGUGUUAUAGAGACUAUGACUGCAAUUGGGAUAUCGUGGCUCGUCACAAUUUUGCCAGUGACUCGGCUCACCGAAGGUGGUGGCGGGUCUAUGAUGCUAUGCCGAAGAAAUUGCAGAAGUUUUGUGGGCUAACCAGGCAAAUGGAUGAGAGAAUAAGGAAGUGGAGAAGGAUAGCUAAAGACCAAGGGUUGCCUGAUGGACAUUGGAAUAUCAAUGCUACAGACCCUAGACGACAUCGUUUAAUUUCUUGAAUGAUUUUUCUCAAUUUCUUUUGAACUCAACUCACCGUAAACUCAAAAUGUAUAAAUAUAUAACAUGAAUUAUAA